AUGGCCGAAUUGGAUGCCGCCGUUCGCGGCUUGAACCUGGCCGUGGCGUGGGGCGUGACAAACAUCGACCUAAGGACAGACUCGGCGACAGUGCACCGCUGGGUGGACGACGCGCUCAGCGGCCGCGCCCGCCUCCGGACGAGAGCGGCCGGUGAGAUGCUAAUCAGACGCCGUGUCGACCUCAUUCGACAGCUAGCCAACGAACUGGAGCUCAAGGUCACCGUCACGCUGGUUCGCUCGGAGGAGAACCUCGCCGACGCCCUGACGCGAGUGCCGAAGGAGUGGCUGCGUGACGAGUGUGAAGAGAGCAGGAUGUCGGUGACGGCCGAUGACGGAGUCGGCGACUCGGCCGCCCGUGGGCAGGUGGUCGUUGGUGCUGGUGCUGCAGAUGCCGUCAGGUCGUCUGUGCAAUCGGUGCACGAGCGGGCCGGUCACCCUGGCGUUCGUCGGACGCUGUUUUUCGCGCGGCGAGAUGUGUCUCGAGACGUGACGAGGGCUCUGGUGCGCGCGGUCGUGACGACUUGUGAUGUGUGCCGAUCGAUAGACCCGGCGCCUGUGCGGUGGCGGCACGGCUCGCUAGAGGUGGCGGCAGUAUGGGAGCGCGUCGCGAUGGACGUGACCCACCACCAGGGGCGGAGCUACCUAACCGUCAUCGACUGCGGGCCCACGCGGUUCACCGUCUGGCGCCCGCUCGGCCGUGCCGACACAGUGGAGGUCACCGGCCACCUGGAACAGAUCUUCCUUGAGCGCGGCGCGCCCAAAGAAAUACUGGCGGACAAUGACACGGUGUUUCGGGGCCGGCGACUCGCCUCGCUCGUGGCACGGUGGGGCAUUGCCCUGAGAUUCCGCGCCGUGCACGAGCCGGGCGGCAAUGGCGUAGUGGAACGGUGCCAUCGAACUGUCAAGGUGAUCGCGGCUAGGAGGUGGUGCCCUGUGUCCGAGGCCGUCCACCUCUACAACGUCACUCCUCGUGACGGCCGGACGGCGGACACCGCGCCAGCGGCCGGGGUGUACCGCUACGCGGUGAGAGACUGCGUCCGCCCAGGGCAUACGCCAGUCGAUACCGACGGGGAUGGCGCCCAGCCUGCGCCAGCGCUGACUCAGCCGACCGACACCCGGCUCCGGGUAGGGGACCGUGUGUGGGUGCGGCGCCGCGGCACCCGCUGUACCGAGACGUCUCAGCGCGGGACGGUUACGGGCGAGCUCUCAGAACAGGUGCUGGAGGUGGACGGCGUUCCGUGGCACGUCCGUAACCUGCGACCGCGCUGCUGCACCCAGCCGGAGUGA